AUGUGCGCGGGCGGGGGCUCAGAGAUGUCUGGGCUAGCGACGCUACUUGAUUGUGCGGGCAGGGGUUCAGAGACGUCUGGACUUGUGAUGCUACUUGUGCGGGCGUGUGGUGCAGAGACGUUUGUACCAUGGACGCUACUUGAGAGGGCGGGGAUGCCGCCGCAUAAGAGAGUUGUUCGCGCGCAUGCCGCUAGUGCUCCUCGAGAGGGUGGAGAUGAGCAUGUACCACCACCAGUUCUACCGAUUGAUCAGGAUGCCCUUAGGCAGAUGGUGCAGGAUGCUGCUAGACAGGCCGCACAAGAGGCAGUCCAGCAAGCUGUCCAGGAGGCUUCUAGCGUAGCUGCACAGGAAGUGGUAAGGCAGAUGGCUGCAGCUCAGCAGGGUCAGCAGGUUCCGCCAGUUCAGGCUCAGGGGCAUCAGCAGCCCCCUAUUCAGCCGGUUCCACCAGUUCAGGUUCAGGGACAGCAGCAACCCCCUAUCCAGCAUGUUCCAGGAAUUUUCCAGGUUCCACCACUAGCGCCACGCGUUCUUCCAGUGCAAGUUCCUGAGGUUGUGCCACCCGUUCUUCCAGGGCAAGUUCCUGAGGUUGUGCCACCCGUUCUUCCAGGGCAGGUUCCUGAGGUUGAUGAGACGCUUAUGCGGGUAAUGAGACAGAUGAAAACUAUGGGUUUGGAGACUUUUGAGGGAACAGUAGACCCUGGAGCGGUCUAUAAGUGGAAGCAUAGGCUGGCUUCGUGUCUGCAGACAAUCAAUUGUCCGUUGCGCCUUAGUCUUAAUAUCGAAGAGUUGUAUCUGCGUGGAGAUGCAUUGAAGUACUUUCCCAGAGAAGCGUUGCACCAGAAGAGGAAUGCUUUUGAGCAUCUGAGGCAGGGUACUAGGAGUGUCAGGGAGUACGAGCGAGAGUUUUGCCAGCUCCGCUUGUUUGCUGGUAAUCAUUUUGAUGGAGAGGACUUGAUCAGGAGGUUCUUAGAUGGUAUGCGAGUCGAUCUCCGCGGCAGGUGCAGUAUGGUUACUUACACUAGUUUGGAGGAUCUGGUAGAGAAGGCUGUUGUGCAAGAGGCAUGUAUUGCAGAGGAGCAAAAGUGCUCUAAGGCUCCACCUAAGACUGGAAGGACUUCAGAGCCACAAAAGAGAACAUGGGAACAGUUGGGAGCACCUAGUUGCGACAAGUGUCGUCGCCAUCAUUUUGGAGAGUGCAUCACGUGCUUCAACUGUGGGAAGAUGGGACAUAAAAGUAAGGAUUGUCGGAGUAGGCCAUUUGGUGCGCGGGGAAUAGCACCAGUAGCACCAGCAGCAUCAGCAGCACCAGUAGCGUUUUGCCCGACUAAAGGGCCUGGGGCCAAGCGUCAAGCCAUCACUCCGCAUGUUUAUGCUCUAGGAGAGGCCAAUGGAGCUGAGCCGAUAGCCGGAUCGGUUUCUGUUGGAUGUGAGGUAGCUCACACUCUAUUCGACACAGGAGCUUCUCACAGCUUCGUGAGUUCGCGUUUGGCUAAGUCUUGGCCUUUUCGAGGUGUCUUUGAGCCGAAGGUUAAGCAGAUUCGGACGGCCGGUACUGAGAAAUUGGGAACCACUGGCGUUCACCGAGAUGUACUAGUCCUACUGGGAGGAGUCAACUUCAUAGGAGACCUAGCAGAGAUGGAGAUGGAUUACUACGAUAGGAGAUGGGAAGAUCACAGUCCAGUGUCUCCAGGCUUACCGUGGGUUAAGGAAGAUGGACCUCCUGAGUUACAGGAUAUUCCAGUGGCUGCAGAAUUUCAGGAUGUAUUUGAAGCCUUGAAGGGGCCACCACCAGCCAGAGGAGAUGUUCUCAAUAUUGAGUUUGAACCAAGAAGAACAUCGGUUUCGCGGGCUCCAUACCGUUUAGCACCAGCAGAGAUGGCUGAACUGGAGAUGCAGUUGGAGGAGUUAUUGAGUAAGGGUUUCAUCAGACCUAGUAGUUCACCGUGGGGAGCGCCAGUAUUGUUUCUGAAGAAGAAAGAUGGGAGUUUCAGAGUUUGUAUCGACUACAGAGGUUUGAACAAGGUGACCAUCAAGAAUAAGUACCCGCUUCCCCGUAUCGAUGAGUUAUUGGAUCAGUUGCAGGGAGCUUCAUGGUUUUCAAAAAUUGACUUGGCAUCGGGUUACCACCAGAUUUCGAUAGCUGAUGAGGAUGUGCGGAAGACUGCUUUCUGUACCCGUUAUGGACAUUAUGAGUUUGUGGUGAUGCCAUUUGGGUUGACGAAUGCACCUGCAGCAUUCAUGAAGCUUAUGAAUGAUGUGUUUCGCGAGCACUUGGAUAAGUGUGUGAUUGUUUUCAUCGACGAUAUCUUGAUCUAUUCUCGGAGUAGAGAGGAGCAUGCAGAGCAUCUACGGAUUGUGUUGGAUAAGCUCAGGGAGCAUCAGCUGUUUGCCAAGCUGAUGCUCCGCAGAGGAAGAUUCGAUUUUUGGGUCACGUGA